UAACGCUGGCGUGUCUUUGCAGAUGUUGGAAGGAGGUAUGUUGGGAGUGCCUGCAGCGAGUGUGAGGUGCCAGCAGGCCACUGCUGCCCUGGCCACAGUCUCUUACAACUGUGUACUCUGCAAUUUCUCCUCCACCUGCAGGACUGAGCUAAGUCAGCAUAUGAAGCAGCACACUGAGGAUUCCCUCUUCGUCUGUCCUCACUGUGAUUACAAGACCCCCAGGAGUAAUGACUUGAAGAAACAUCUGAGAGUCCACACUGGGGAGAAGCCUUACUCCUGCUCCAUGUGUGGUCAUCGCACUAAUACCACCAGUAACCUCAAGGCUCACUACCGCACUCGUCAUGCAGAUAACAACUCUCCUUUUUGGGACGUGUGACAGGCUGGACGGCUGCUGGAGGUGAGGAAACCAUGGCACCAAACCCACUCUCACUGCUCUACUACAGGUGUCCAGACUGUCCUUUCCUGGCUGGCAGCAGAAAGCGACUUCGUGCUCACCUGUCAGCUCACGUUGACCGUCGUCCCCACUCUUGUUCUUACUGUGAUUACCGCGCCACUUGCAAGAAAGAUCUCCAAAAACACAUCAGAACCCACACGGGAGAGAAGCCUUACCAGUGUGAUCUUUGUCCCUACCGAGCCAGUGAUCCCAGCAACUAUCGUGCCCACAUGAAACUAAAGCAUAAAGAUAUGGUUUUACCUGCACCUCCCUAUGGAAAUAUGUGAAGUGUGUGUGAUAGUAACUGUAUUAUUGUUCCACCUAAUAUCUCCUUAUUUUGGCUCAAAUGUAUACUCAAAUUUUUGAUUAAUAAUAAGACUAAGAACCUGGAAGUACAUACUAUAUAUAUUUUGCGUUUAUAUGUAAUGAGAAUUAAUUAUAAACAUCAUUAAUUUAAAAAAUUAUUCAGAUGUGAAUGGAAACAGAUGUACAACACAAAAACUAUCUAAAUUUAUUGAUCAAGAAGACUAACACUGUAAUGACAAGAUAACAUGAGAUCAGUCAUAGAAGUGAAACACCAUUACCUUUACUAGGCAUCUUAACCCAGUACAGUUUUGUUGUUACUCUUGUAAACUGGAGCAGAAUAUAAGAUCCCGGGACACCAUAUACCUGAUUCAAUAUGUAAAUAUCUUGAGGUGCUGUUAGAAACAUGUUCAAUAUACAGUUAGGUUAAAAUGGGUCUUAGAGCAGAAUUCUCAAAUAUGUUCCUCAUCACUUCCCAUCUUCACCUAAGAGUUAGUUCUUACUUGUGUUACGGUGCAACUGCACUACUGAUACAAAUAACAGAUAUUAUCCUGGAAGACAGUUGUAGAGGCUUGUCAGUAGGAAAGCUGAAACUGAUACCAUUUUACUCUGAAUUACAGAGCUUAGAAACUUCAUCUCAGAGACUUAGGCGCCAUUAUAAAAAUUUAAUUUUGACGCAGUUUAAUAUUUAAAAACAAAUGCAGUUUUUUAUAUGUUAAGGUAUUAAUUUUAUUUUUAAUAUAUAGUGUUUCUAACUAGGAAAUUUUGUGAAUAUUUUCAUGUGACCAGAGGAGAGAAAGUAGAUUAUUUAUCCUCGUAAUUCAUUGUCAGUAACUGACAAGUUCUAAUUCACGACAAAUAUUAUGUUGAGGAAUGAGCAUUUAAAGUGUGAGAAUAAAAUUAUGGCUUAUGUGACAGACUAACUUUGUACUGUCAAGGUAUUUACCUAUAUUAUUAUAUUCUACCCAAAACAGUUAUUAUAAAUGAAAAAAAAAAUGAAUUUAGAGGAUAGCACGUCUCUUAUGGACGAUUAAAAAUUGUGGUAAGGUCUUAUUGCAUGACCUGCCCCUCACAUUAUCAGUGGUAAGGUCUUAUUGCAUGACCUGCCACUCACAUUAUCAGUGGUAAGGUCUUAUUGCAUGACCUGCCACUCACAUUAUCAGUGGUAAGGUCUUGUUGCAUGACCUGCUACUCACAUUAUCAGUGGUAAGGUCUUAUUGCAUGACCUCCCCCUCACAUUAUCAGUGGUAAGGUCUUAUUGCAUGACCUGCCACUCACAUUAUCAGUGGUAAGGUCUCAUUGCAUGACCUGCCACUCGUGAAUUUGAUUUGGCAGUUCAAUAAAUUGUGUA